AUGGGAGCUGAACACUCAAAAGACAAGCAUCAAAGAAGAAUGUUUUUGCUCAGGAAAGGCCAGAGACUUCCUGCAUGGGAAGAAGCUCUCAUCUCAGGAAAAGAUCCAAAGUCUCUGCUAAAACGUGGAUUGCGUUAUGUCAGUCUGAGCCUCAUAAUGAAGGGGAUGACAAAUGUGCCUGACUUUUUGUGGAGCUUGUCGGAGGUGCAGAAAUUGAACCUUUCACACAAUCAGCUGGUGGCUCUUCCUCCUGCUUUGGGGAGACUAGACAGAUUAGCAGUGCUGAACUUAUGUGGCAAUCGCCUGAAGUGCCUGCCUAAAGAGACUGGGCUACUCAAAAACCUGAAGGUUUUAUUUGUUGAUAUGAAUUGCCUGAGUGAAGUGCCAGCAGAGCUCAGUCUGUGCAGAAAGCUGGAAGUUUUGAGUCUUUCCCACAAUUGCAUCUCACAACUCCCUUCAAGUUUCACUGAGCUGACGAGCCUGAGGAAGCUGAACCUGAGUAACAAUCAUUUUGUUCACAUCCCCUUAUGUGUUUUUGCAUUGAGGGGAUUAGAUUUCUUGCACUUAGGCUCCAACAGACUUGAAAACAUUGCAGAAAGUGUCCAGUACCUAAUACAUUUGCAGAUCUUUAUAGUAGAAGAUAACAAUAUUCGCACCUUGCCACGGUCUCUCUGCUCCAUCACUGCUCUUGAGCUACUAAAUGUAGCUUACAAUUCAAUCCAGACCCUUCCAGAUGAUCUAUAUCUGCUGCACAGAUUGCCAAAAAUUGCUUGGAAUCCAAUGGAUAAAGGGCUCCAUAUUUCACAUAACCCAUUGUCCAGACCAUUGCCAGAGGUUGUAGAGGGGGGACUGGAUAUGCUCUUCAGCUACCUUAAAGAGAAAAGACAACACAGCUAA